GAGAGCUUAGACGCAGGUCAAGAAUUUCACGGAACCAUGUCCUAGAACAAAAGUCAGGAAGGCGGCAACGUUAACAUGAAAUUUAUAAAUUUUUUAGCGCUGCCGCUUCUGCUUUUUAUUUGGGGAGACAUUGUUGUUUUGGAGGCGAUAAAAGUUAAGAAUUUUUACCCGUUUGGACAAAGCGAAGGGGAUCAAGUUGUUCCUCCUAAUGACGACGGAGGCUCAGGAAGAGUUCCCAUAUCGUUCCCGUUUCCAUUCUUUGGACAAGAUCACUUAUCAUUGUUUGUAAGUAUAGUCUUGUUUCACGAAAACCUCAUUCACUCGCAUAGUUUAAGUAUCAUGGGUAAUUUUGUCGCACUUGCUUUACACUGAUAUAAAUAUCAAUGCUAGGGUGAAAAACAUUGUAAGACGUUGCAAUACUAACGUAUAAAAUGAAAUAAAGAAUGGCGCCAAGAUGUGUAUCUGAGUUAUUCAGGAUCAAAAGUACACACCAACGCCUAAGAAACUAUGAUUUUGAUCUACCCCGCUUUGAUACAGUGGCCUAUGGGAGGCAUUCGCUGCGCUACCAAGGACCUUUUAUUUGGUCGAAGGUCAGUGGUGAGCUAAGAAACUUAACAAGCAUCAAAGUAUUCAAGAAACAUAUACGCGGUGUGGACCUUUCGAGCCAUAUAGAUAAUAAUAGUAACUGCUGUGACUUGUGUGAUUCUGAGUCGGGUAGUAGUUUUAGAUUUUAGGUAUUGAGAUCAUUAAUUUAAAAAAUCAUGUAAUAGAUUAGUGCCAGUUCUUAGGAAAGUGUCCCCUGUUAAGCUAAAUACAUUGACUCUAAAAUAAAGUUAUUGAUAUUAUUAUUCAAGUUUUAUUAAAACGUAAGGGGACUUCCUAAUUCUGACAAGGUGAACAUUGAUCUUAUCACGUCCACCGGCGGUCAAUUUAUGUUCCAUUUCCUCCACACUGUUUCCAUCUAAACUAAGACAUUGCAGAAAGUUAACUGCAUGCAAGUCAGGGGCUGGUGUUCCGUUUCAAAGUAAAACGUUAUAGAAAGUACUCUCGGACACAUGUACGGAUGGCACAACAUAGGUAGCAAUUUACAAAAUACACUGGAUCAGUGGUACACCAGUUAUGGCAGGAGCCCAUCAGAGGGCUCUUUACUGCUUCUUAUUCAGAGUUAGGUACACGGAUUUUAACUAUAAUUCAUUUGGAAGAUUGCCCGGUCAGUGCAGUCGAUAAAUAACAAGCCCGGCCAGUGCAAUCAAUAGAUAACAAUAUCGGAAAACAAAUCGAUAAGUCAGUAACUUUCGAUAAUCACAUUUUUAUUGAUAUCGAUUAAAUCGGUCAAUCGAUAGAAAUCAAUGACCACAACUUUUUUAGCCGUGAGCGCUAUCAAGUCACAAGUAGCCCAAGCUCGAAAUAUGAGCAUCGGCGAGCAUCGGCAUUGUUGCGUAACAUCCGAAAUAUAAGGAUUCGUAUGGGGAAAACACCUAUCGUUUCUGUAACCUACGAAAAUGAAAGGAUUUCAAUAAAAAAAAAGACCGGUUACCUUACAUCAAAUGUGUGUUACGUCUCUACUGUGUGGUCCAUGGGCCGAUUUAUGGCCGUUUUGUGGGUUGUACUGUAAACGGUUUUCUCUCUAUGUGUAAACUUCAUAUUUCGAGCUUGGGCUACCUGUGAUCGAGUUACUGAUAUUAUCGAUUUCAUGAUCUUUCUCUUCAUCGCCCUCUAGGUUGAAACCUAAUGAAUGCAUUGAAAACUGGGCCUUCUUUGAAAGACUUGCGUACAGCUAUCGAUCGGCGUUGUUCUAUGAUUUUAUUACUUGUCCAUUUACUUACAAUGGUGGACAUUAUAUUAGUUUGGUUAGCUGAUCGGCGCUUUAUGAUUAAUUAUGCAGCCAUUGAGCCCUCUUCGCUCGCCAGUGCAGUCUCAAACGUCAAACGCUUUUUUAAUUGCUGAAAUAAAAGCUGAUUAAAAUUAUCCUCCUAUCCUUCUCCUCCCCCCGCCAGGAACACCUGAUACUCAGGUCAAGUGAAAAUGGACGUUUAACGGGAUUUUAGACUGCGAGCAGUCUCUUAUUUUUCUUUGCCAUGUUACUUCAAGCGAAACCCAAGGACGCGAGCGGUGAAGCCGCAAAUCGCGAUAAACGAGGGCGUGAUUGUAACUUAACGUCGUGGUUUUCAAUCGCGCUGGCUGUCGAGAUAAGAACUAGACGGAUUUUAAGAGAAAAGGCGGACUGAAAGCAGUCUAACAGGAUUUAUGGUCAUGGAACAAUGUUGAUUCACCCAAAACCACAGAGAUAGGUUACAUGCUUUUUUUUAAAAUUCAGUUCCAGUCAAGUUAUUCUGUCUUCAAAGUUAAGGUUCUUUCUUUAGCUCCUCUUGUUUUGGAACCAACUUAACUAACGUUCCGGAAACGUUAUCCAGUCCUUUGGCAUCGAUGAACUUCGAUAAAAAAGAAAAGAUAAAGAUCGAUAAUUAUCGAUUGGUCACAACUUUUUAAUCUGUCAACUUUUAUCGAUGGAGUUUAUCGAUAGUCAUCGAGUGUUAUCGAUUAUAGCCUAAAUUGAUUGCACUGGCUGGAAACUGAGAGAGGAUUUGCAUUUACCAUAAACUAGAGUAGCGCGUUCUUGUUUCGACUCGUGGCUUCAAUAGCGUAGUAUAAAAAACGCUCUUUUUAAAGAACAAGGUACACACAUGGGCGUAACGCUAGUUUCCACUAAUGUAGUGCAUUUUUCCACUCGAAAAGUUCUUUGUUAAGUCAACAAUAAUUUUGUCCAUUCGUACGACCCACACGACUCGACAACUUUUCGAAGCGGGCACUUAAGUAAGCGAUAAUAUAAUAAGAUACAUUUUUCCCUCGACAACUCCUGCUAAGCUGACAUAGCUGUCCACUCGUAGGAGUGUUAAACCUUGGCUAUGUUUCCACUCGUAUUGUGUCGACUUCAUUUGGAAUGACUGAAAGUGGUCGUCUCAAGGUGAUGAUUUCGCCUACAGGAAACAAAGUGAAAGACCUCAGUUUUUGUAGAGUGUUCACGGUCCCCUAUUUUUUCGUAAGAUCGUCAGGAUCGAGCGCUUACCGGUACAGGCGGCCAUCGCUGUUUCAUAGGUGAUGAGGAAGCGGGGGCUGACACUCAUCCAAGAUAGCUGCCCGUGACACAAUGCGCUGCACUUCGAAGAUCUUACGGACAGCUAGGGGACCGUGAACAAGCUAACAUAAGUCCUUGAAAGUGCAGCUAUUUCGUAAGAUCUUCAACUCGUUAAGAAAGCAAACACAAGUGAAGGGAAUCCAACGGGCAACCAUCAAAUCAUUUGGCAAGUUAAGGUUUGCCAGGAUAAAAAACUUGGGAGAUUUAGGGAAAAAAGUUAGAGAUUGUUCAAGGUGAUACAUUUCUGACUCAAAAACCAGCUGGUAAUCAUGAGCCAAGAAUUGCGCUAGCAAAAAGGUACAGGAAUAUAUCUCCAGACUGGAGAAUGGAUUCUUUCCUUCUACUGACGAAUGUCCAGAGCGUUUUUACACUGCCUGAUUCCCAAAAAUGUCAUCGUCUGGGUGGAUCGCUGGAGCUUAGAGCCACCGGCCGGGUUCCCCCGCCUCAACUAUCAAGUUGAGCAAUCGGACAAUUUCGGCACAAUAACGUCAGUUUACUACAGGUAGUAGAAUCCUUCAGUUUGUUGUUUUCUUGUGCAAAUUAGGGCUAUUGUUUUUUUAAAACUCAGUGGGAUUGACAAAUGUAAACGAGAAACCAAAAACGAAAUGAAUUCGGGUAGUCAAAAGUCGCGCAUUUGGGGUGAAAUGACAGGCCGUAGGUGGACUGACGGAAAUUCAUUUUAUUCCAACUGGACAAUAACUCUAGCAUCAGAUUAUUAUAACUCGUUAAGUUAAGCUUCUUGGCUGAUACUCAAACAACAAACUUUCUAGCUCUAGACGUAACUAGCAAAGGGGAAUGCCCCUCUUAAAGAAAAUCGGUUGACUUUAGAAGAACAGUGCUCCUUAAUGGAUGAAUAACCGUUUAUAAAUACUAUAACCAAUACUAUGAUCUUCAAAACUUUUGCUUUAGUGCUAUACAUACUUGUAUAACGUUUAAAAAGUGUACCUAAGGAAGUGAAAAUGAUGGCUGCAAUAAGAAUUUAUGGGGCUUCAGUCGAACAAAACCAAAAACGUCUUAAACGUAGUCUAAAUGUCCAUUAAUUAGUAAGGAAGGCGUUUGUUAGCUAUUGUAGCAUCAAACUAGACCAGCUUGAAUCAUCAUCUUGCUUCAGUUGACGAAUAGCUUUUAGGAAACACUAUUUUUGGGAAUAGUUAUGUUUAUCUGCUAAAUAAAGCUUUUUAUUUCAGAUCAACACCAAUGGAGUAAUCUCAUUUCUGACAAACGUUAACCAGUACACACCAGAUAGGUUUCCUCUCGGCGAUAGACGACGACUAGUAGCACCAUUCUGGGCUGAUGCAGAUACUAGAGUAGCCGGAGAGGUAUUCUACCGGGAGACUUCGGAUCUAAACCUUCUAAAGAAAGCAACUGCUGAUGUCACAACUAUCUAUGUGAGAUGCAAAUCGUUUAGAGCUGCGUGGUUGUUAAUUGCAACGUGGCAUGAAGUGGCCUUUUACGGCGCUACAGGAAAUUACACUAGCAAGGUACUGUUACUGAGAAAUCAUCAUCGUCAUCAACGACAACAGACCAAGUUUGUCGCUUGAUGAAGUCAUUGUGCACACCAACAUAAGGCCAGCUCGUGUUUCUGCCUCGCUGUGCGAUUCACAUAAGUUCCACGUGCGAUACGAAUUUCGUCAAAAUAAUAAACCUAGUACGGACCUCCCUUCGAGAGGAAUAAAACAUUUAUUAGUUUACAAGAUAUGCUUACGCCAUCUUUAGUGGUAAAUCUUGUUAUUGGUUGGAAUUUAUAAUAUCUAAAUAGGAAUCAUUUCAGUGAUAAUACUCCUUAACGGUAACAACUCAGGAAAAAGGUAAACUAGUAUUAGACAGAUAAAUAAGGCUGCUAAAUAGAAAGGUAUGCACUUGUUUGUACUGUCAGUUUUAGAAUAGUUUUUGAGAUCUAUUAUAUAAUGAAAAAUGCUGCAAUUUUAGUUCUGGUCGCAGUUAAAUUACACGAAAUUAACCCUUAGACUGGCCUGCGAUCGUGACCUCCAUAUCGCCUCAUGUCUCUCUGGUCUCAAAUAAAAUAGUGCUAUAGGUCCUAUAAGCAGUAAAAUGGUCAGUUUCUUUGUAUUGUAAAAUUUUCAGCGUCCAAGUAACCUUGUAAUUGGCAUCACUGAAAUGAUGUUGUUUAUCAGUAGAACCCAAUUUAUAAGGUAACGUAGCAGACACGAAAACCGAAAAGAAGGAAAGGAACUUGCCUAUAAGUACACGAGGAUAAUCGGCUUGCACGACGUCUGAGAAUAACUUUUUAUUUUACUACUACUACUAUUAUUAUUAUUAUUAUUAUUAUUAUUAUUACCACUAUAAUUAUUUUAUCAUCAUCAUCAUUAUUAUUACCAUUACCGCUAUCAUUAUCAUUAUCGUAAUCGUUAUUAUUAUCGUAUCGAUGAGUAAUUUGUUUUAGAAGUCUUUUUAGAGAGCUUUCGAACAAAGAUUUGAAAUGUAUAUAAUAGAAACACAUGAACUUGUGUUGCUUAUGUCACCUCCUUUUUUUUUUUUUCCAGAGAAACACUUUUCAGGCAGUUCUUGUUACAAACGGUAUAAAUUCGUUUGUCAUCUUUAAUUAUGAUAAGCUAACAUGGACUACUGGUACAGCUAGCUCAGGAAACAGCUCAGGGCUCGGAGGCAAGCCUGCACAGGUAUGGUUCACAUCCAGCGAUUCACAUUCAAAAUAUUUUUAAUACGUAGUUAGUUUAGAACUAUGAUGGUCAAUGAAAAUACAACUGACCUUUAUGCAAGGCGCAAAGAAGCUGAAAAUUAAUUGUAAAUACAGUCAUCAUGUCUUGACAGGCUGGUUUCAAUGGCGGGGACGGACUGCGAUAUUUUAACAUUCCAGGAUCUGGCACGCACCAAGUACUUGACCUUUCUCAUCAAUCCAAUGUUGGAAUCCCUGGUCGUUGGUUAUAUCGCAUUGACAGCAAGGCCGGUGAUUGCAAUAAUAACGGUAGGAGGCUUCUGUUUAGAGUUAAUGAAAGCUACUUUUAG